AUGACAAACAGAGGCAAACCCCGCGGUCUCAACGCCGCCCGCAAACUCGUCGCCGCCCGCAAAGAGGGUCGCUGGGCCGAUCUGCACUACAAGAAGCGCCUUCUCGGCACCGCCUACAAGUCCUCUCCCUUCGGUGGAUCCUCACACGCCAAAGGCAUCGUGUUGGAAAAAGUUGGAGUCGAGGCCAAGCAGCCCAACUCGGCCAUUCGGAAAUGUGUCAGGGUGCAGUUGAUCAAGAACGGGAAGAAGGUGACCGCUUUCGUGCCCAACGACGGCUGUCUCAACUUCGUGGACGAGAACGACGAGGUCCUCUUGGCCGGGUUCGGUCGCAAGGGAAAAGCCAAGGGUGAUAUCCCCGGUGUGCGGUUCAAGGUCGUCAAGGUCUCCGGCGUGGGCCUGAGCGCCCUGUGGAAGGAGAAGAAGGAGAAGCCACGAUCAUAA